UUAUUAAAAUAUAUUCAAAGCACGUUUUCAAGUUUUCAAGACAGCAAUGCUACUACGUCUCUCAUCCAAACACAUCACGCUAUCGCACAAUCCGGCUUCAACGGAACAAAUUCACAAAAGCUCUAAACCAACAGCGAUUUAAAACCCUCCGCCGUAUCUUACCGCGGGGACGGAUUCAACAGAAAGAUUUUACGAAGAUAGUUUUCAACCCGGGAUCACCUUUAAGCAAAGAGGAAUUCUUGCACAAUCCUUGGCAGAGAUUCGAGACUGUGUGGGAACCUUUGGAGCAAGCAAAUAUAUCGACAACAGAUCACCGGACGAAGACAACAACAUCCGUUCAUAGAGGAAUGGCUAGCAAGGCAGUCAAAAAUAGCGAGAACCAGAAGAAGAGAAGAUCACGUGAUGCAGCACGAUCCAGGAGAGGACAGCAGAACGAUGAGUUUGUGGAGCUUGCCAAUCAGCUGCCACUGCCCGCAGGACUUUCAUCGCAGCUUGACAGGCUGUGCAUCAUGCGGCUGGUUAAUAGUUACAUUAAAAUGAAAAACCUUCUUCAAUCUCUGGUGUCCCAAGACAUGAAGAAGAUUGUGUCUCUCAAUGUAGCAGAUACCACAGUAUAUGACAAGGCAUCACUGGAGGCACUAGAUGGGUUUGUCUUUGUUGUAACACCAGAUGGCCAGUGCAUUUAUGUGUCAGAUAACAUCACCCAUUACAUGGGACUCACACAGAUUGAAGUAACUGGUAACAGUUUCUACAAAUACAUCCACCCCUGUGAUCAUGAGGAACUUUCCAAUCAGCUUGGUGGACAGAUCCCUCUUGAAGAUAUGGAAAUCUUCGAUGGCCUGUUUUGUUCUGAUUCUGUCUUUAUGAUGAGCAAUCACUUGAAGGGUGGAUCCAAAAAAUCCAUGCACGAGAACCCUCACAAGUCAUUUUUCUUGCGCAUAAAAAGCACAUUGACAAGCAGAGGAAAGAAUGUUAACCUUCGAGCCUCAACUUACAGAGUUGUCCACUGCACUGGUUGCAUGAAAAUGUCUGUGAAAGUCUCAGAGUCAGGAGAAGAGGAGAAGGUUCCAUUGUUUAUGGUCGCCAUCGGAGUUCCACUUAUGUUCACAUCCACUUUUGAAGUUCCACUUGACAGAGCCACCUUUACCAGCCGUCACAGUCUUGACAUGAAAUUCCUGUCAUGUGAUGACAGUGUUGCAGACCUCCUUGGUUUCACACCAACAGAGAUUGUUGGCAAGUCCUGGUACCACUUCCAACAUGCUUGUGACUUGGACACAGCAUUAGCAUGCCACAAGACUUUGCUGACCAAAGGCCAGUCUGUGAGUAAGUACUACCGCUUCUUACUUCGCAAUGGAGGAUGGGUGUGGCUUCAGACCAAGGCCAACAUUGUUUACGACAGUAAGACAUGUCAGCCACAGUUUGUCCUCUGCACAAAUUACAUCAUCAUGAGAGUUGACGAGAAGGAGUACAUACUGUCCACAGAACAAGUCAACCCUGUACCUGCACCUCUAGGUCUUGAUCUAGUGGUUAAGAAAGAAUGUGAAAAAGGAAGGGGCACCAGAAGAAAACAUUCCAUUGUGCUGGAGGAACGUACAAAGGUGCUGAAGGCAGCAGCGCAUGAACAGCGUCCAAGUGCAGAUGUCAAACCAAAGAAGGAGAGCAACCUUAAUACCUGCUGUAUGAAGACACCUGCAAAACAGGCAGCAAAGAAAUCCUGUCAGUGUCUUGAGGGUGUUGACUGUGACCACAUUAAUUUUCAGGAGUUCUUUCCAGUGGCAUGGGACACUAAUGAUGACCUCAUUGAGCAACAAAAGGAAUAUGAGAAGCUGCUGCAAACACACUAUGGUGUUACUGAUGACACACCCAGUCCCACCCACUUGGAAAACAGCACCACUGAAAAUAGAGUCCCCUACAUUCCUUCACCAAGUAACGACCAAAAUAUUGAUAAAGGAAAAGUAGCAAAUGAGGAGGAGGAAAAUUUUGACGAACGUGCUCCAUUCAUUCCACUUUCAAUCAUGGACUCAGAGUUGGAUUGCGAUGAUGAUUUAUUGGUGGAAAUUCCUUUCCUUGAUUCACCCAUGAUACCAUCACCCUCAUCGUGGCUGCUAAAUGCAGAUGAAAGUAUCCCAUCUCCAGGAAGUGCUGUUAUGCUACCUCCAGCCAAGCCUCUAUCUUACAACCGUCGUCCAAGUCUGUCUAACUCAUGCUCACCUGUUUUGAGCAGAAAGGAGAUCCCUACUGCCAUCAAACGCAAUGGGUAUGUGACAAACGAGAUGGCCCACAAAGGGAAAGCACUGUUUCCAAACAUCAGUACAUGGGAAGCUGAAGUGAAUGCACCAGUUCAGAACAUUAAUCUUUUGCAAGGUGAAGACCUGCUUGAAGCUCUUGAAUGUGGUGACUUCUUGUGAGCUUUGGCUGGUUAAGUGAAGCAAACUGUAUGUCUCAUCUAGGAGUGACAACAGUUAAAGGACUUAUUUCAAUUAUUUGUAGGUUAUACUCAACUUUAUAAGUUCAUUGCAUUUAAUGUCUGAUUGUAAUGCAAAAUGCAAUUCCAGUAACCUUUGUCAGGGAACAUAUGUCAUCACAUCACAUUUAUUUAGCUUUAAGUUUGGAAUUUGUUUGUUUGUUUGUUUGUUUGUUUGUUUGUGUGGUGAUACGAAGGCAAAGUGGUAAGCCUUGUGGACUCCGAAUAGAGAGAUUCGAGCCCUGGCUCAAUCCCCGUGUUAAGUUCUCGGACAAGACUUGUUAACCUCACAGUAACCCUCUCCACCCAGGAGUAUAAAUGGGUACCAGUUAGCUUUCCUCAAAAAGUGAGGAGGACUGGGGGAUAGCUGCUAAGGACUUAGAUCCCAUGCCAUGUUGAUAUACUACCAGUUACCUCAUACCAUAGAAACCAGGGAUAAACAGCUAUAGUACCACAGUUUUGAGCCUCUUGGUCCCAAGAUUUAACAAUAGCUUUUAUUUCCUUAUGGAUAACCAAUACAGUUAUGCAAUUGUAUAAAGUAUAGACAAACUUUUGGCAAGUUGAUUGUGUUGUUUGGCACUGAACAUAGUUUUGGCAUCUUUUGACGUGUUUCCCCAUACAUGUGGCAAUUUAGAAGGCAACUUGAUAAGAUAAAACAAUCUUAAAAAUUUGUCUCAAGUUUAGGACAAAGGAUAUCCGUAGCAAGUUCUUAUUCAGAAUUUGAUGCUGGUUGCAUUUGUAGAGAAGUCGUCAUAAACCUUGUUAAGUGGAAGUGUCAACAUAAUUAACACUGUGAGUUUUUGAUUCUGGCAACAAGAAGCAUACUGCAUCAAAACAUUCUUCCAAGCUCCCUUAAAAAAUUUUUGGCUGUGCCUCACAGACACCAAGGUGGUAAAUGAGGAAACUUCUAGAAGGGUAGGGCUUAUUUCUGAACAGUGGCUGGUUAUCAAGUCUAAAAUUGUUCAGACCCUUCGGUUUCCAACAAAAGACAUUGUAGCUUGACUUGGAAGGUUUAACUAGUGCUAAGAUUGUCCUUGCAGAGUGGUACAGUAGUUAAAACUGUGUGUAUAGAUUCAAUCAUAACAGUAUUAGUUUAAAAAAAGAAAAAUGUAGUAUUUCAUAGUUAACAUUUGUAGCUUCAAAAUUAGUUGUAGAGCAUAACAAGAUUUUAUCUAUACAGUGUAUCAUUGAGUGCAGUACAUGCCUAAGGUUGGGUGCAUUGUGUGCCCGCUUUGUUUUCUUUGUUGCGGCUUGCUCAUGUACCCCACUGAUUGCUUGAUUGCUCAUUUGACCUUGUGUCAGUUUCACUGUUAGACUAGUACAAUAAUCAAAUUUUACAAAGAUCUGCAUCACGAACUUUGUAUUGAUUACAGUGUUGCAUAUUUCAAUGCCAUUUCUGUUGGUCUGCAAGCCUAACUUGCAGAGGUGUGUGAAAAAAAAAACUGACAACUUCGGUAAACUUCUGGAGAGCCUUACAUCUUUGAAUUCUUCAUCAUUAAAAUUGAUAAAUAAA